GUAGUAUAAAAAUAAAAUUUAUUAUUAUAGUAAUAGUCUUCUGUGAUUAUUAUUGUUUCUAUACAUAUUGUUUGUGAUUAAUAUAAAUACACAUAAUUUUCUCGUUUGGUCGUUUGUAUUUUAUUGUAUUAUAAUAAAGUGCUAAGUGUGUAAGUAAGUGUUUUUAGUUGUGCUAUUUUUAUGUAAUUUUUAGUUGUAGAAAUAUAUUGGAUGAUGAACCUCCCGAUCCCGUAAGGGUUGGCGAAGAUUCUUUUUCCUUACCCAUUGAUAAUGACAAUGUAUAAAAAAAAAUUUACCGUAAACGCGCCCAAGUAAGUAACAGUCCUGUCCAUCCACAAAAAAAAUACUGAUCGAAACCAACAGUUUCCUUCAAUACCUAUUCAAUACAAUCCACAAAAUAUUAAAAAUAUACUUUGUGAUGGAGUCAAAAAAGUUGGACAAAACAGGAUAUCAGUUGAGAAUAAAACAGCAGCGGAUGCAAAUAAUUUUAUUGAUCACUCAGCUCUAAAUAGUUAUAAAUAAGAAACAACUAUCCCCUCAUAAUAUAUUAUCACUCGUAUGGGGCGAGUCAGACAAGUUCACAUAGAAUGGACACUAGAAUAAUUAAUAGCAGCUAUAGAAAUUCCCUCUGGCUUUGAUUCUAUAAUUAAAGCUUGCCGUCUUAAUAGACAAACAGUGAGUGACAACAAUAGCGUUUCAUAGAUUCCAACGCAGACAGUAUUUCUAACUUAUUCUGGACAAAAACUUCCACCCUGUUUUACUGUUUUUACACUUCUAUAAUACUACUGGUAUUAUAGAAGUUUAAAAACAGUAAAACAUGUUUUGCCACUUAUUCAGUGUCAUAAGUGACGUAAGAUUUGGUCAUGUUAUAUCCCAGUGCCGAUCAUCCCCUCGCUGCUUUGUUAUGUGCACAGAAUCAUGAUGGUUUACUAAGCAAACUCCCACUUGUCUAUUCUGCUCAGGUCCCCACACAGCAAAAGACCCUACUUGCCCUGAAUGUCUGUGGCAAAAUAUUUAAGCUUGUUAUGUUAAAAAAAAAUAUUUCAUAUUAUUUAGAAGCUUCAGCCAGAAUCUCUCAGGUAAGAAGAUUCUUUGCUGAAUCAAUAAGAAGCCCACCUCAUUUUUUUUUCAACAGACCUCUUAUCCCAUAACUGACAGUUCUUUAUUAACCCCUUUGGCUUAGCCUUCACAAACUUAUCAUAUAAAAAAAACUACUUUUAUUCCUCAACAUACCUACAGCCAAUCAUUAAAUUCUGGAUAUGAUAAGGCAGCCCAUCAGGCAAUUGUUGAGAAUCCUACUUCUUCCCUUCCUAAUGGGUAUGGAACUUUGCUAGGGUAUGACAAAAAGUCUUAUAAUGAUAAUUUCUGUGAACUUAUGAUAUCAAUGUUAAUUAACAUGAUUUCCUAUUUUAGUGAAACAGAACUUCCUCUCAGUUUAUGACAAAAAUAUACCUACUCAGUUACUUCAAUAACGUCAGAGUAUUAAACAUAAAGAGAAUGAACUAAUCUUCCUUACUAAUAAAUUUAGUCCACUUGUUUUUGCCAUCAAAGAGAUGUAGCUUAGACCUGACUACUAAUUUAGGGUCUCAGGUUAUUAAUGUCUUUGGGAUGAUAGGAUCGAUGGAAUGUUGGUUCCUCCAUUCUGACUUCAAAAAAAAUUGUAUACUAUACCUAUUUCUUCAAGGCUCUCAAUAUAUCUUUUCUGUCUGUAUACAUGCCUUCUUACAUGCCUAUCUUAGAUGAAUUUGUUAAUCAUGUUUCUUCACUAACUCCCCCUGUUAUCAUGGGAUAUUUUAAUAAGGAUGGUGACGUUAAAGAGGCUUAAUGUAUGGUUUGUAAGGCCACACACUUUCAAGAAGUAGAGUUGUAGUUAGUUAAUGAGUACGCCAAAAGGAAAAUAUCACCAAAGUUAAAAGUUUAAUAAAAGUAAAAUAGUUAUAAAGUUAGAGUGGCAAAUCUUUCCUGGAGUAGUUGGUGUUUAGAAAGACGGUUGUUGACGUACUGCCGAUUGUGAGAAUGCAAUUAACCGAUUCGUUGCGGCACCAAUUUUCGACAACUUUUAGCAACAAAUAUUUCAUGACACGCCGGGCGUGUCAAGCGCUACUAUUGUGCCAUCCGCCAUGUGUAAAAGUAAUGUUCUUUUUUAUGCUUUUUUUACUUGUUUAGACCUAAUUAAGUUUAUUUGACAUCAAACAUAAGUUACAAAUGGAAGGAUACUUGUUUUUAGUGGGUAACUACGUGUUUUUUACGCGUUUUCUUUGAAAUUGAGAGAAAGUGACUUUUUUAUGGAGAGAUUACAAACCUUUUGUACUAUUUUUUGUUGUUAUAAAAAAAUCAUUUAUAUGUUACGGCCUACGGCUGCUCCUCCAAAGAUUCAAUCAUCCGGGGCCCAUCAGCGGAGACUUCACGAACAGACGUAGGUCGGGCCUCAAUAUGGCCACGUGGAAUAUGUUCUAUCAAAAUAAACUAUGGGAGAAAGCUAGAAACACAUAGUACUUACCAUUAUCCGAAGCUAACUUCGCACCCAAGGCUUGGGCAGGCCGUGAGUGUGUGUAAUAGUGGAUUGCGAGUAGUAUAUAGUGAGGUGUAAAUGUCUGCGACCUGAGAAAGCUUAGGCGACCAGCAGCGGCCCAGUUCUAGGCUGCCCCAAAAUGCUACAUCGCUCCAGCAGGCUUCAGCGCCGGACCACUUCUUUCUUCACUGUCACUACUCAGUCUCUCAGCUUCAUUGUACAUUUAACUAACUUCAAUUCGCCUAAUUCCACACUCAUCACAGAAUCGAACACGUGAUAUCCGACACGGCAAGGACAGUAGCACAAAAUUCGACAUUGAAUGUCCCGGAUUCACUUAUCACAAAUUAUAAAUUCGACACCAGAAUAACACGUCGCGCCAGAGUCAAAAUACGCCUUGUUGACACGGAAAUUAAUCUACCUAGGCAACCAAAACACAACGCUCUCAACCCAGGAAUGCGCGGCUCGAAUCCUAGACCGUAUAUCUACUAGACGCGCGUACACUAUUCUGCACUCUCGCCCGAGUUAAAUAUCGCACAAUUCACAUAUCUACGUGACGAAGAAGCACGUACUUCAUCUAGCUAUCUAGAUCCACGACAGGUCUUGAAUUUCGCUAAGGGAGCCGCACGGGCUCCCUGCAUCGUGUCUGGCGGGGCACUGACUUUCUGCCCACGCGUCGAGCGACAGACUGCCCACGCGUCGAGCGACACCUCGGCGUUUAUCUCACCUACAUACCAAAUCAGAUUUCCAGCCAACUUAAGGGCCAGGAGUGUAUGGCUUCAGAACAUGAAAGCUGUUGACUGGACUCCAAAGGAAAAGGAUCAUCUUUGUUCAAAUCAUUUUGAUGCUAAAUGUUUUAAUAAGCAUUACAAUAGAACAACACUGAAGCCGGGUAGUGUUCCAACAAUAUUUGAAGGAUUAUUUGAUAACUCCAAUUCAUGCGAUGAGCUUAAAAUAGCUGACAGUAAAAAUGAGUCCAGAGAGGAAAAAAUAGAUGUAGUAGAACCGAAACCACCUGUCUUUACUUAUCCAUACAAAUAUGCAAUUUCUACCUCUUUAACUACUGAAAGUAUAAGCACAAGGCCCUUUUCAAGGAUACAGUCGCCAAAGCAAAGCGGGGCCAAAAGAUUACCAAGCGAAAGUAUCUUGGAAGAUAAAGGGUUACAAAAAGGUGCAAGUACUACAUACGAAUCAAAAAGCAAUCUACACGAUAUCACCAGAAACGGACAUGGCUAUGUAGCCUCUCGAACUCCAAAGAAAUCAAUAAUUAAAUAUGGCGUAGCGCAUGACCAUCAGUAUGAAAAUACUCCCAGGUCCUCAAAGAUAGUUAUACAACGUGCCAAGCGAUCGUUAAAAAUUAGAAAUGCACGGAUAAAAGUUUUGACCCAACAUGUUAAAAGAUUGAAAACUAAAGUAGCCAACCUCAAAAACGUUAUUAAUAACUUAAAUAAACGGAAUAAAGUCCCUGAAGAACACUGACCUGUAUAUAUUAUUACCACACUCCUGUGCUAAUUUGCGACGCUAUGCGAGUGUCCCGAGAACUAAUUUCGAACUUAUUGCAAAUGGCUGUCGUGGUAAAUUGAACAACCGUGAAGCGUUUAUGCAUUUUAUUUCAAUUUGUUGAUGUUUUUGUGAGUUUUUAAGGUCAUUUGUGUCGGUUCGAACUUUCAAACAUGAGGAAAUGUGUAUUUAGCAAACAUUGCUACAAGCACAGCUUAGAGACUUAACAGUUGUGAAACGCCUUUGAUGUCAGGCGAUGCCUACGCCUGCGUAGGUAUUUACGCGACCAGCUUGUAUGCUAGGCGUUGUCACGAAAAUGUAAAAUAAUUUUGGAUAUUAUAAUACUCAUUAUCAUUUAUUAACAUUAUGUGCAUACUUUUAAGCUAAAAACAUUUAUUGAACAAGACCAUUUUUUAUUACUACAAGAAAAAAACAAAUUUACAAGUACUGCCAAAUAUUUUCGUGACACUUUCUUUUUAUAGAUGUUUUCAGUUUUCGACUGUAAAAUUUAAUUAUGUAGUGUAUUCGCAUUCGUAUAAACAAUUUUAUCAAAAAUAAAUGAGGUAUGUGCAUUUAGUUAUUGUUUUUUUUAAUCAAAAUUGGUGUGCAAUGACAUGUAAAGCAUAAGAUUGUAAUCAGAAAUUUGUAUUGCAAUACUAUCUUAAAACGACAUUAUAGAUUUUUGGCCGAAUUGAUAUGUCAAAGAGAUCAUACCGAUAAUUUUAUUUUUCAGAUUUCCAACUGACUUGUUGGCCAGGAAUGUAUGGCUUUAGAAUAUGAAAGUCAUUGACUGGACACCAAGGAAGUAGAUUGUCUUUGUUCUAAAAAUUUCGAUGCUAAAUAUUUUAUUAAGCAUUACAAUAGAACAACAGUGAACUUGGUUGGUGUUCCAACAAUGUUUGAAGGAAUAUUUGAAACAAUGUCUACCUCUUCAGCUACUGAAAGUAUGGGCACAACGUCUUCUUCAUCAAGGCGACAGUCAACAAAGCAACGCGGUAUCAAAAGAUUACUAAGCGAAAGUAUCUUGGAAGAUAAAGAGUUACAAAAAGAUACAAGAACGACUCAAAAAUCUACACGAUAUUACAAGAACCGAACUUGACUAUGAAGUCUCUCCAAACUCUGAACUCCAAAGAAAUUAAGAAUUGAAAUGGCAUCGAUGUAGCAUGAACAAGUAAAAAAAAUAUAUUGAUAAAUAUCGAUAUAUUUUUUUCAUUUGCCCGUCCCUAGCAACUGGCUGUCGUAACAUUUAGAAUAAGUAGAUUAUAAAAAAUAUUGUGUCUUAAGUUUACAAUAAAAGCUGAUAAACGU